CACACACGGCCGCGCCAGCACACGGCGUACGCCACAGGUGGAGAGAGAGACCCUGACUAGGAAACGCCGGGAUGAGAGGUGAUUGGGCGACCAGGAGGAGCGGUUCGUCGGGUUCUCGAAGCGUGUGUUGGUUAAAAAGAGGACACGGAACAGGGUUGUUUGUUUUGGUUUUGAAGAGAGAUAGAUAAUGUCAUAAAAGGAGUUAUUCAGUUCCUUGUUUCUGCUACUAGACGUUUCAAUAGGACUGUGUAUUUUUGGAGUUACUCUUUCGCUGUGUUGUUGAACUUGCUGAGGUGAUUGAAGUCUUGGAUAUUUCGACAGGUGAAACAUGGAUUUCAUCAAUGUCCUCGCGGAUCCUGUGUAUGUUGCGAAAUUUCAGAGGUUGUGUGGGGUUGAAAUAGUGAAGCCCGAUACAUGCGACCAGGAAACGCAAACUCGUUUGCAAUCUUCGGAUUCUGAGGAUAACAGCGAGGGCCCUUUCCCUUCCAAACCGUGUAGAGAAAUUAACGGAAAUGUGGUGGACGACAGCAGCGGGGACAUUUCUGCUCCUGCACAGUUCGUGCCCAACGAAAUCGAUCGCCACCCCGCCCCAAAGGGACAAGAUUGUUAUGGGAGCGAUCAUGGUGUCCCGCGGGAAACGAAUUCCAUGAAAAAUGCAAACAAUAGUGAUAAUCAUGUUAGGCAGAGAUUUGCAGGAGAGAAUGGCCAUCUCACCGCUGAUCAGAACGGUCACUCUGAGUGGACGAGGGGUCUGUCAAAUAGUAAGGACAGAACAGAGAUAAACAACUUUCUGAACGGUGUCCACUCCACCGGUAAAUACAUUGUCGAACCCAGUUGUCAUCACCAGUCUAAAGGUAAAGGGGACAUUUUGCCGUGCAGCGAACAAGAUUCUUCCCACGAAGAUGAACAGCCGCCAGUACAAACCACAGGGUACACCAUCAAAUACAAAUCUCUCUAUUACCUUGCUCAGUUUGGGGCCUUUCUUGGAAAUGAAGAAUUUUACCUCACGUUCUUCCCUUUCUGCAUUUGGAAUUUGGACUUGUUAAUUGUGAGACAGGUGUCCUACCUCUGGUGCAUGGUCAUGUACCUGGGUCAAGCAGCCAAAGAUUUCCUCCGCUGGCCGCGGCCGCCCUGUCCCCCGUGCAUCCGCAUAGAGACGCAUUACCUUCAAGAAUAUUCCAUGCCCUCGACUCAUGCUAUGGCGGGAACUGCAAUACCCCUGUACAUGGCUUGUCUGGUGGUGGAUAGAUAUCAGGAUUUGCUGGUGGGAACAGUGAGCGCUGUGGUGAUUUUCUUCACCUUCCUGCGAUACAUUGAGGGCUAUGACCUGUACAUGCAGACUCACCCGUUCGCAGCCCCCCUCCUGAUGACCACGGCGGUGGCCCUCUGCACCAUCUGCUACCCCAGCACCCACAAAGACUCCUCCAAGGGAGACGCGGUCCAGAUUGUGGCCGCGGUGGCCGGCUGCAACAUCGGCUGCUGGUUCGGCUACCAGAUAGGCGUGAUGCACGAGCCGGAGGUGACCAAACCGUUUGUUAUCGCCAUGCCGACGCUGUUCUGGGCUGCCAUGGCGGUGCUGCGGUUUGUGAGCGGCACGGCUCUGGUGGGGCUGGUCUACGUGGCGAUGCGCUGGUCCACCAUCAGGUUUUUCUCCUACCUCCACGGGCUGGAGGUGCCGGAUAAGAAGAACCCAAACGUGACGACUGCAUACAAGUUUACCACGUACUUUGUCGUUGGUUUUACUAUUUCUAUUUUAAUUCCUUUGCUACACCAGCAGUUAGGUAUGCACAGACCCGCAAUGUUCUUCGAAGUUUUGUAAAAUAGUUUGUUGAAAUAUCAGAUUGCAACCACAUUCCCUUUAAAACUUCUUCCUUUAUUUUGAUUUUUUUAAACGACAAAUUUGUGAAACGUGUUUGAGGUGUGUGUGACAGUUUAUGUGUGAGAGCUUAUUUUUGAGAGUCGUAUUUUAUUUGAAAGUUGACAAAGUGGCCUUGUUUGUGCUACGCAUGUAGGACUUGAUUAAGCUCAGUUGCAAGUUUUCAACAUUGUUACGCUGUUUUGGUACCUCCUUUGAGAUAAUUUCUGACUUCUUUUGUCCUAUACCCAUCACCUCCACCCCCUCCCCUCUUUCCUCCAGAAUGAGAAGAACAUUCUGAUAUAUAUCCUCUCCAACUUUGUGUUUUUGCAAACAUAUUUUGUACUUUGCUAUGUGCAGUAGAGAACUGAUUGUAUAUUUACCCCUUCAAAUCAUCCAUGAGGGAAAUGUAGUCCCAGACAAUAAUCUUACACAGAAGUGUUUUUUAGCUUCAAAGUUGUUCAUCAAUACCAAGCGCCCUGUUUUCCUUACUGUUUACCCAGGUUGUAAAAUUGUGUCCAAGAAAACAGUCUGUCUCAGGACUUUCUGGAACUCCUGUUUAUAACCUAAUGCAUUUCCGAUGUAAAUACACCUUUCUAUUGACGUACUCCACAUGUUAAUAAGUUAAUUCAACUGACGCAAAUAACAAUCAGUGUUUUUCUGCCUCCAGUUGAUUUGAUACCUUUCUAAAACAGAAUGUAUGUACCGCUAUCUAGGCUUACCAUUUAUCCUUUAGUUUUUCCUUUGAUGCAACAUUUGCCUUCUUAUUCCCAUACACUACUCAUUUUUAAAAUAUUGAGCUGAAAAAAAAAUCUUUUUUUUACCAUCUUUAUCAAUAUAUUAAGCAGAAAAUUGAAAGCUGUUAGUUGUAAUUUGAGUAAAGAGAAGCACAUUGUCAUGACAGAGGUCAUUUAAUGUAAAAAAAAAAAAAAAGACAAGCAUACAGAAACAAGAGAUUGAAAGGAGGAAAGAAGUAGGAUCCACCAGUGCCACCCUCUAACUGCCUGCUCAAGAAAGGGAUGGCCAUGACAAGUCCAUCCUCCAAUGGAACUAGAAGGCUGCCCAUCAUGUUUUGUGCUGGCUGGAAUAAUCCCCUUCUAUGAUUUAUUGACACAGAAAGGAUGAAGUGCAUUGUGGUGUUAACUUGAAUAGGAUAUCAUUUUGGACUUUUUGGAUUUGCCAUGCCCGUUGUAAGAUCUCACCUCUGCAGCACUUUGCCUGCUUGCAAGCUCCACUUUGCUUUUGUAUGAAGAUUUUCUGGAUAAUGUUUUCAAAUCAGACUUGGUGCAGACAUAAACCACUUUUUCUGAAUUCUCUGAAAGUUUUUUUUUCCACACUGACUUCUUCCACGGGAUUCAAACCAUGAUGUGGUACCAGAACCGUAGGCCAAGAGGGGAAUGCUUAUCGUCAACACUUUUAGUUUGAAAGAAGUGAAAUCAUAUUUAACUUAUCGUACAGAAAAGAUAAGGCACAGAUUUGAAUAUGUCAUUACUUCUCUUAUAUGCUUUCAUAAUUCUGGAACGGGUUUCAUUUUUAGAGGGAUGAUUUCUUUUUUCAGAUAAAGUUAAACCUUGUUACAUAAAACUGUGCUGAAUGAUAGUGUUGUAGUUUUGUACUUUUCUACUGUUCAUGGUGCAUGCAGACUAUGGAUUGUUGUUGAGGCCCUACAGAUCAACUUGUGCUAUUGUUGUUUAAAAAAAAAAAAAAAAGAUUUGUACUUUUCUUUCAGUUACAUGGUGUAUAACACCAAUAAUAUUUUUUUUUUUGUAAAUUGAAAGCAUAGGUAGGUUUCUACCCACAGAAAAUAAAGAAGAAUAUCAGCGUAUUGAUGCUGAAAUUUGGUCGCGGAGAUUUUUCUUAUUUAGCAGACAGAGUAAUGCCCAAAUCCACAGGUGUCAAACUCAAGGCCCAUGGAGUAUCCAGGAGGGUGAACAGUUAUGUCUGGGCUUCAAUAAAACUUAAAAUAGUUCAUCCUGAAAAUUUCCAAAAUAAACUUGUUGCAUAGAAACAAUACUAAACAUUCAGCACUGGCAAAUUGGCACAAGAGCAAAAAUUGCUCUGCGUUGAUUUGUCACUGUCUAAAAUUUUGUCUGUUUCAAUUCCUGUCAUUGUUUUGUAAAAGGUUUGGUUUUCCACUGCUCAAUGAGUGUUUAUCCAGUUUGGUCUGCAACUUUAUGUGUAAUUCUGAGUUUGACCCCCUGAGCUAUUGAGUUGGACACCUGUGCCUGAAUCAAACACGAAAUAAGUUACAGUCUCAUACAGAGUUUUCUGUGGGAUAGAAUUGGUCCCGCAGAUGUGCAGGACUGAAAAUAUCAUGAAUCUCAAAAUAGUCAAUUGUUAUUAUUUGAUAUAAUGCGUCAAGUUAUUUUUUUACUUAACUAUGUAUGUCCAGAUAAUGGGACUUUAUCGUAAUCAAUCUUUUGCAGGCUGUUUGUACCUUCUAAAGUUUGUGCCUGAUGUUGGUUUUUCACAAAAACUUAGUGGCCCAGUGAAGUCUGCAUAAUCCCUGUUAGUUUAUUUGUUUCAGUGUGCAAUGUAAUUUCAAUUUUGGAAAAAGCUCUGAAAGACAGGCUCUAGAAAUUAAAGGGGGAUGGAAAUAAUGGUAUUCGCCCUAUUUGUUAUGAUUUUUUGAAUUUCUUAUCUGUACAGUGUGCCUCUAUUUCUGACUGCAGCUCUUUUUUCAACUGGUAGUCACCGUUUCUGUCUUAUUGGAGAAAUGAUAUGCUACCUUGCUCAUAGUUUAUGUUUUAAACUGCAAUCCAUAGUUGUGAUUAUUUGCUAAAAAGUUCAAGUGUUGUUUGAGAAAAAAAA